AUGAACUAUGAAAUAACAAGCGACGUAAUCACAGUGACACUUUCCGAUGGCAACUCGUUUGAGCCAAGUGAUCCAGCACCCGAGGAAGGCGUAGUAAGCUAUUUUCGCCUCGUUAAAAGAAAUGAUCCGUCAGAUCUGGUUUGGCGUCACAAGCUCGGCGAGGGCUUGGUAUUAUUGUUGAACGAGAAGAAGGGAACCAACAUUGAACUACCAAAGAAAUUAAAAGCGUUUCCGCGUGGAUAUGUUCUUUACGAGCACUAUAAAGUGACGGAGAAAUCAGAGAAAUCCGAGAGACAUGAUAAAUAUCUAUAUGGAUUCGGUGAGAAACGUUUUCGGUCACCAAACGAAUUUGUUCCACACUUAUACUGGCUAGCAACGAACCGGGAAGGAAAAUGCCUGUGCAAAAUCUGCACAGGCGCAACACUAACGCCACAAUUGGUGGAAAUGAGUAGAAUCAGUGGCAAAAACACCACAGAACCAAAAAGAGUAGUCAAAACUACAAAGGGAAGAUCUGUAUUGCACAUUAAAGCCCCUUUAUUUCGAGUUGGUGAGAUUAUAUGGUUCAAUAUAUGCCAAGCAUCCGACUACAAAUUAGCAUCAUUUGGAGGCAUUAUUGAUUUCAACAACAGUAAUAUUAAAAAAAACUCGCAUCUAACAAAAUACUGGCCGUGUGUUGUACAUCGUGUCCAGAAGCGAAACAUCGAAAACAGUUAUGACUUCGAAUUUCGAUAUACAAUAAGGCUUUUGGCGUUGUCACUUAAUGAGGCUGUACCGGAAAGGGCACUUCGUCCUUGGACAUCCCAUCAACCGCAAGUUCCAACCAGCAUAUUUACAAGCACAAAAUCAAAAAAUGAUAUAAUCGAAACGAGUCGUGACACGCUUAAUGGGUUCAUUCAAGCUUAUAAAAACGCCCUCUCCACAGCCCAACAGAUCGUACAAUCAUAUUACCCGAUGAAACCCUAUUCUUAUUCAGAGUCACAAGAAGGAUUAAACAAUGAUGAUGUCAAUGACACAGAUAGAACGUACAUGAGACAAAUGAGCGCUUUUCCUCAUUUUCGUGAAAUUUUCGUUGGGGUAGAGAAGAUCCGCGAAUUUGACUUUUUACGACUUUAUUCUGAUAAUGUUCAGCCAUCAGCUUCCGCAGCAAGCACCUCUUUUUCCACGUCAAAAGACGAAUAUAGUAGCAAAAAGGACAAUUAUUUUAUGGUGUCGACCAUAUUUUAUAAUCACGAGAAAGGAAUACAGUUUACUGGGGAUUUAUAUGAAAUGGCUGAACCUAUUAUAAAUAAUCCUCAGUACAUAGAGGAUUUCCAAUGGAUACCAUUGAAUGAACAAUAUGAGGAAUAUACAAUUGAUUUAUCAGACGUUAUGGGACGUUUUUAUGUGUCUUUUCCACAUUUAAACCAUCCAAUGUCUAUACACCAUAACUACAUGAAAACUGAAAACGAACGAAAUAAAUUGCUAGAUCCUGACGCACCACCACUUCAUUCUCAGCUUGAAAACGAGAAUCUCAAUGCUGAAAUAGAUCGUCUAAUGGUGAAAUCACUUUAUUCUAAAGUUCGUGAGAAGCACUCUAUACAAGUUCUUCAAUCAAGUCAGAGCAGCAAAAGACACAAGAUCAACAGUGACUCUAAUAAAGGUGUAGCAAAAGAACCCAGUGGUAAAUCGUUUGAGGAGGCCUUGGUGAUUGACAGUGAUUCCUCUGACGAAAACACGGAUAUAUAUCAUAUGCCAAGGAAGAGUAAUACAUCGACAAGAUCUGUCCUAAAAGAUUCAAUUGCAAUUGAAGAUAAUGUUAAUUCUGGGAAGAGUAUUAGUUGGAGAAGCAAGAUCAUGUGGCCAAAGUCUCCCGAUGGAAGAACUUUGCUUGCGGCGCCUGACUUGAAUUUACAAAUACCUCCGGAAAUGAAUUGGAAUUUUGGUCUUGAAAUUAGAACAAUUUCAUUUCCAAUAGUCUCUAAUCGAAAUUGUAAUAUCUUUGAACAUUUUCCGCAAGAUUUGACCAUAUCGGCCAUCUCAAAUCUCGAUCCAUUUGAAGAUUAUCAUCAGACAAUGGGAGAUUUAGUUCAAUUCUGUUUGGAUCCAGAUGUUCCUUUUCCGUCAGUAAAUCGUCUUCACUUUAAUACGCUAGCAAAAAUACUGUUCGCGAAUAAGAUAUCUGUAGUGGCUCUUCCUGAAAAUCUCAUGAUCUUACUAAAGUCGGAUGACGGCUCCAACAUUAUUGGUCUUUGUUCUCCAGUCACCAACGACGACGACGUUAAUGCUUACAAUAAUCGUGAUACCAUCACUAAUAAACAUUCGGCAUUAACUCGCAUAAAAUGCAUAAACAUAAAAUCCCGGCAAACGGUCACAAUUGACAUGUCAAACGUGACAACUUUCGUGGAUUUAUUUCACGAGUUAAGUGAGGCAUACAACGUGUCUUUACAUAGUACAUCUCCCGAAGACAUUCGCUUGAGAUUUUUCGACAAAAACCAGGAAUUAUAUCUAAUUCUUUCGACGUCGUCCUCACCUCAUGAAGCUUAUGGAGAUGCCAUUUUUGGACGAAAUACAAAGUAUACUCAUUCUCUGGAUUUUGUUAAACAGCACGCUACGACGCUGAUGUUCGAGUUAUGA